AUGCAGCUCUUCGCGUUCCUUUCCAUCUUUCUCUUCUCACUUCAGGUUCUCGCUGCGCCCUCGGCACACUUGCACCACCACCACCACCACUCGCAUCGCCGGCAUGUACACAAACAUUCUGGCCAUGUCCACGCCGAUGUCCCCGCCGGGCUGCACCCAGAGGUGAUCCUUCCCAGCCUCACCGGUACAGACGAGGCCGGCAGCGCCAGCAAGAACACAUCAGCCCCAGCGGUAACUGAAGACUUGGUGCCACCGCCGCCCGAAGCCGGAAACGCCGUCUCUGAACUUCGCAGACGCGUUGUCGAGCCGGCCGUCGGCGCACGCGACGAAGACGCCGAGGCGGAGAAGGCCAAUGUGCCGAGGAGCAUGAGGGCCCACCUCGCAAAGUACAAGAGACGGGGACGCGGCCGUCGUCACUCCUGA